AUAUUUUUCAGUUAUCGAAGUUCCAUUGUGAUGUGAUCGUGAAACAAGUGAUUUUCCAAGAAAAGCUCACACAAAUUAACUCAUUAUUUAUAGCACCCGACAUAUAUUUAAGUAGUGCUUACAAAAUACUAGAAUACAACAAAUAAAUUCUAGUUAACGUAUAGUUUAUAGGAACACAUACGUAACAGAAACCAUGGAUCCUUUCAUUAUUGCAGCUAUAAUUAGCGCAAUCGUUAUUGUUAUUUUAUCUGUAGCAUUUCUUAGAGUAUCUCAAGUCAAACCGCAAGCUGGGGCGAAGCCUCGGGCAGUGGUCCAGAGAGAUGGCGGGCCAGGGAGAGUUCAAGCCGUGAGGAACCAGAGGGCCCGCAUGAGAGCCAAUGCUGCCAGACAUCAAGCAGCACUUCUGGAGGAGGACCCAGCAGCAGCUGAGGAGCCUGAUGAGGAGAGCCCUCCCGAUGCCCAGAAAGUUGAAUUUGAAGACAAGAUGGGAGCCAAGAAACGAGCCAAGUUAGAGGCAAAAAUGGAAAAGAAGAAGGCUCGAGAAGCAGAAGAGCAAAUGCGAGAGUUGAGGAAGAAGAAAGAUGAAGAGCGGGAAGAGGAACGGAGGAAGAUUGAAGAAAAACAAGAGGAAGCAGAGCGUCAAAAAGAGGAAGCGGAACGUAAGGCCGAAGAAGAACGCGUGAGACGUGAGCAAGAGGAGUAUGAGGCAAUGAAAGCGGCCUUCAGCGUCGAAGGAGAGGGCUUCGAAGAGGAAGAACAGGAUGGGGAGAGCCUGCUACGCGAUUUCAUUGACUAUAUCAAGGCUCAAAAAGUUGUCCUUUUAGAAGACUUGGCUGCCCAUUUCAAACUCAAGACACAAGCCGCUAUCGACAGGAUACAAGACUUGCAAGCCUCGGGAGAGCUAACAGGAGUUAUAGAUGACAGAGGAAAGUUCAUUUAUAUCUCGCAGGGUGAACUGGAGGCUGUCGCCAAGUUUAUAAAGCAAAGAGGUAGGGUGUCCAUCACGGAGUUAGCUGAAUGCAGUAAUGACCUCAUCAACCUCAACCCUGUGACAGUGCCAUAAAUGCUCUCUUGACUAACAAUCGGAAGAAGAAAAUCUUUAUUUUUGUUACUGCUUUUUGUUGCAAUACAGAUGGAUGUUAAAAAAGUUCAUUGUUAAGACAAAUAUUUAUUAAAAAGCAUAAAUGCAACAAAAUUAA